UCAUGUUAUGUGUAUUCCUGCCUAGCGCGCGCCUAGAGCCUUGUCUGAUUGUGAUCAUGAUUACAUUACCAUUGCAAACUAUAAUAAAAUUAUAAAGGUUUUCUUACCUCACACAAAUACUUUAGAUCAGUUGUCACAAAUGUCGACUCCAGAGUCGCCACACGGACGUGUAAUAGAAAAUAAGAAUAAAUAAUACGAUUAUAAAUUCUCAAUCAGUUUUUCAAUCGCUUUCUAGCGAUAUGAACUAAAGAAAUUGUUUUUCUUCUUUUCUUGUUCGAAUUACAAAAUGCACGAGAAGCUGUUUUUAAUCUGUGCUCUAACAACUACGGUGUAUGCAUCUAGUUUGGAUAUUGGUGCCACUUCUGGAGAUCUGUUUAGUAAAGUGUACGAAACACGAGUGAUAAAGAAUUCCUUAUACAAUGUGAGACGAACCCAGCACGUUUACUACAAGUUACCAUUUCCAGGACAAAAGAUAAAAGAAUCCGUCCAGUUGAUCUAUGGUACUAAAUCUUGGAGGUUUCCAAAACAAGAUGUUAACCUCACCCUCACUUAUCCAGUAUCCAAAAAUAGUAAUACUAACUACAUCUUAACGUCGAUGGAAGUGGUACUAUAUUGUGAUGGAACGCAGAGCUCAGGGUAUAUCACAGAGGGUGGGAUGAACCAAGACUUCAUCAGCAUGACGUUUACGCUUCCUGGCGUCACACAACUGUCGUACCAAUUCUGGCUGUAUGGUAUACCGAAGACCUGCAUCCAUUAUAAUACUACGCUUAAUAAAAACAUUUGUGGACCCUCAUAUUUACAGUUUACUUAUUUUUUACCCACUAGUAAGUAGUGUCCUUGCCCAGGG